AUGGUGUCACCUUGGGUUUUGGCGUUAGCGCUUUUCGCAGGAGCAUGCCACGCGCAUCGGAUAGUGGGUGGCUCACCGACAACGGUGGAGCAAUACCCGUCAAUUGUUCAGGUUGAAAUGAAAAACAUCUGGACAGAGCUGUGGUCACAAGGUUGUGCUGGUACCAUCCUCACAUCGAAAAUGAUCAUGUCUGCCGCGCACUGCUUCGACGGACAAUUGUUUGACCCAAAGUUGCGCCGCAUAAGGGCAGGUGCGACUUUCAGGAACCACGGUGGGAUGGUGGUCUACGUGGAGCAUGCGUAUAACCACCCUUCCUACGGUGCGAAUGGAUUCGACGGUGACAUUUCGUUGAUCAAACUACUGAGUGCGUUGGUGUACUCCCCAGCGGUGCAGCGUACAUCCAUCGCGCCGCAGGAUACCGUCAUCCCAGAUAACCUACCAGUUAUACACGCCGGUUGGGGUGCAACAUCGCAAGGCGGCCCACCAUCAGAAGUCCUUCUGGACGUCCCAAUCUACACAAUCAACAACCAGUUAUGCCGCGAGCGCUACGCUUCGCUGCAGAACCGCCCCGCUGUUACCGAGAACAUGAUCUGCGCUGGUAUUCUAGACGUCGGAGGCAAGGACGCUUGCCAGGGCGACUCCGGCGGCCCUAUGUACUACGGCAACAUCACUAUUGGCGUUGUGUCCUGGGGCGAGGGCUGUGCCAACGCCACUUUCCCCGGUGUCAGUGUUGCGGUUCAUCGCUACGUUGACUGGAUCAUUGCUAAUAAAACCUCAAAGCUUUGUUUUCAAUUUACCCUGGGGAAAAACUUGUUCCUUCUAUCAUUCGGUCUGCUUGUUUCUUUUUCAGUUUUAGCAACGGUGCAUUCACACCGCAUAGUAGGUGGGUCUCCAACAACCAUAGAGCAGUAUCCCUCGAUAGUCCAGGUGGAGAGGUUGAACACCGGCACCGGUACAUGGUCACAGUCAUGCGCCGCCACCAUCCUCACGGCUCGAUCUGUUCUGUCUGCUGCACACUGCUUUGAUGGAGCUUCGUACCAACCAAGCCACCGUCGUAUCAGAACUGGUGCCACCUUCCGCAACACGGGCGGCAGCAUCGUCUACGUGCAGUACUCUUUAAACCAUCCAUCCUACAAUGUCGCGUCUCGCUACGAUGGUGACAUAUGUCUCGUCAGCCUUAUAACACCUAUUGAUUACUCCGAAGUCGCCCAGAGGACAUCAAUCCCGCCGCAGGGUGCAAGUAUUCCGGAUAACUUACCCGUUGUGCAUGCUGGAUGGGGUACCACUGAACAAGGCGGCACGCCAUCUGAAGUACUUCUGGACGUGCCAAUUUUCACCAUCAACAAUGACAUUUGCCGUGAACGUUACGAACAGCUUCCAAACCGUCCUCCUAUCACCAAGAACAUGAUCUGCGCUGGUAUCCUCGACGUCGGAGGCAAGGACGCUUGUCAGGGCGACUCCGGCGGACCUCUUUACUACGGGAACAUCACUAUUGGUGUGGUGUCCUGGGGCGAGGGAUGUGCCAAUGCCACUUACCCUGGCAUCAGCACCUCGGUUCCUUCUUACACUCAAUGGAUUGUCGAUAAUACUUUAUAG